AUGCUAUCAAGAAGUUCGCGUAUGCCCUUGAAACCCUGCCAAAAUGUCUGGCUGAGAACGCAGGCAUCAAUGCUACGGAUAUCCUUACCAAACUCAACGCCGCUCAUGAAUCUGGACAACAAAAUGCCGGCAUUGAUAUUUGGAAGCAUGAAAUCAUGGAUGCUGGAGAGAACUGCAUCUUUGACCUAUUUGCUGGUAAGAAACUCGCUAUAA